UUUCAGUGCGACAGCGACGGUGAACGCAUGUGAUUGAUAAACGCAGCGGUUGACGUGUUUGAAUCUAAACGAAGACCGAAAAACAACAACAACAACGAGAACAACGAGAACAAUUCGAGAGUGGCGAAAAAAAAGGUUAACAAACGAACUUUAAAAGAUUAAAUUGUCUGCCGAUGGAAUUAAGUGUUUUAAAUGUCAUGGCAAGUGUUUAAUUCAUUGUGAGGCGGUGUUGUUGUGUGUACAAUGCGCAAUGAAAAUAUCAUUUACAGUGACAACAACAACCACAACAACUACGGAAAGAAAAACAAGUUAAAAAACCUGCUAAAAGUGCAGCUAUAAAAACCAUUUAAAGCAAAUAAAGUGCAAAUCGAUAGCAUAAAUAAAGCAAAGAGUAAGGUGAAAAGUGAAAGUGUGAAGGAGCAAGUGAUAGAAAGAGAGAGAGAGAGAGAGACAGAGAAGAGAGAGAGACAGAGAAAAAGGAAGCACUUGGCGCUGGGCGCCCCAACAACAAAUCAAAAUGUUGACCCUUUCGACGCUGCUGUGCUGCAUGAUGGGGCUAACAUUGUGCUACCAGCGGCAAUCAGUGAAUAACAACAACAACAAUCAUAAUAAUGCAGAUUCAAAGCCAACACAUUUGCCGCCAUUACAUUAUCCGCAUGGCCACAAAUGGAAUGAGCCAUAUUUCGAUCUGACAAUGCCAAGGAAUAUCACAUCCCUUGUGGGCAAAUCCGCAUAUUUGGGCUGUCGAGUCAAGCAUCUCGGCAACAAGACGGUGGCCUGGAUACGACAUCGUGAUCUUCACAUCCUCACAGUUGGCACAUAUACGUAUACAACUGAUCAGCGUUUUCAGACCUCCUAUCAUCGGGAUAUUGAUGAGUGGACAUUGCAAAUCAAAUACGCCCAACAGCGGGAUGCCGGAGUCUACGAAUGCCAAAUAUCAACGCAGCCGGUGCGCAGCUAUUCGGUCAACUUAAAUAUUGUGGAUAUUAUCGAUGAGGAGACGAGCAAUACGAUGCAACAAUAUUUCAACGAUGAUGCCUUCUAUAUAGCCGCCGAUCGGGUAUAUCAGUCGAGUGACGAUGAGUUCGCUGGCAUGUUUGGACCCAUCCAGACAGUUGCGGUGCCAACAGCCACGAUCCUGGGCGGACCCGAUCUCUAUGUGGACAAAGGCAGCACCAUAAAUCUUACGUGCAUCAUCAAGUUCAGUCCGGAGCCGCCAACACACAUCUUCUGGUACCAUCAGGAUAAGGUGCUCAGCGAGGAGACAGCGGGCGGUCGCUUGAAAUUUAAGACCAUAAAAUCGGAGGAAACCAAAUCAAUUCUACUUAUCUACGAUGCGGAUUUAUUGCACUCUGGCAAAUACUCGUGCUAUCCAUCGAAUACCGAAAUAGCCAGCAUACGCGUUCAUGUUCUGCAAGGCGAGCGACCCGAAGCCAUGCAAACGAAUGCGGCGCCGGCUGCUGUCGCCCUGGCCUGGGCCUGUCACACCAAACAGGCCACGCAGGCAGUCAAAGUAAUUAGCACAAUGGUCGCGGCAUUUGUAUUGUUGGAAGCCUGCUGCACUCUGCUGCUCCAGGGGACAGGCGGUCAUGGUGGUGGAGUGGGAGACGAAGACGAAGGGGGAACAAGGCCAACCCAAAGUCAAAUGGCACAAGCAAACAGAAGGAGAAGCUGCAGCUGUGGUAAUGGCCAGCAGACGACGUCUGACCAUGUCAAUACAAGUGGGACAACUGCACGGUGAUAAAUUAAAGCCGCACUGUUGGAAGCGCCACAGAAACGCCACCGCCAAUGCAACAGCCAAGUGAACGAAUGUAACUAAGUGGUCAGUACACUGGAGAGCAAUCAAGAUGUGAAACUUGGCUGUCGCACAAAUGAUGCAGUGCUGCAGCAGCUUUACAAGAGGAGCGAGGUGGCAUUAGCAGUUGCAGUUGCCACAUAAUGAUUACACACAAAAAACUGGUUAGCUAAUUAUGGUAAUACUCUCUCUCCUCUUUGCUGCUGCUGCCGCUGCUGCUCUUGGUAUACUCUUUAAGUUGUAAGUAAAUGCGUGUGAAAUUAAGCGAAUUAGAGAUAAGCCACGCCCUCCGAGGGGCAAUACGAGCUAUGUACAUAGUACUCUAACCAAAACUCAUAUGCCAGCACUACAGACAUUAGCGAUAUGGACAGCAAAUGGCCGUAAUACUCAAGUGAGAGCAUUUAAAAUAUAUAGUAAUCAUAAUAUUUAGUGUAUUCAUAUUAUAUUUAAAUAAUUAUCUGGGGGAAUUCUUAGUUUAUAAUCGGGCUUGUGGCAAUAACUUGUUAUACUCAAUAGUUUAUUCAGAUUUCUUUUUCCUCAUUGGCACAUAAAUCGAUAGUUACUUGGGUUUCUUUCGAAUGUCUAGUUCAUCAGCUAGUUCAAUAAUAAUCACUGCUAUUAAUAUAGCCUAGCUUUUAAGUCAUGUAAAUAGUAAGUUAAACUUAAGGGAGUUUGCUUCAGAGAUACAUUUCUUAUGGUCUACUUGAGUAUGAAUAUACAUUUAUUUCUAUUUCUUUUUAAAAUGUUCCUAAUGCAGCUUUUGUCUAAGCGAUUCCUUAACCCUUCAGUACAAAAACUAUCUCUUGCUUUAGCUCUUCCUCAACUAUCGAAAAAAGCCAUUUGUUUUCACAGGAAUUUUUAAGUAAGCAAAUAUAUAUGAAAGGAAAGAUAUGGCAUGCUUAUCUGUUUUCUUCGACAUACCAUUGCCUGUCUGCGAGUAUCUCAUAAAAUAGCCAGGAUAUGUGUCUUAACCGUAACAACUUUACAGUUUGCCUGGCUCCUGGAACUUCCAUUUCAGCAUGUCCGGCUGUAUUUCCCAAGAAAACUCCAAGUCACAUUGCCAUUGCCUGUCAACAAAAUAUUUGCAUUUCCAUUUCCAUUUGCCAUUUGCCAUUUGCCAAGCUGCCCACUCAAGUGUUGCGCCCGAAAUAUCAGCCCGUAAGCAUUUCGACCGCCUUUUCGACCGGGUCGAUAACUAUAUGCUCGUCCAGGUACUCCCUCAUCCUGUCAGUUCCCCACUUCCCACAGGGCUCAGCGUCGUUUAAUGUGUCACAUUGAAAAAUGCAUGCGACUGUCCACUGUCCAGAGUCCAUUUUAAUGGUUGGUCGACUAUUAAAUGUUAUGACCAUUCUGCUGGCAGGGCAUUUAACUGAUCAAAAUUGUAAAUAAAACUGCAUGCGAGUAUAUGGUACUAAUAAAUUUAACAAUACAACUAUAUUUGUAUGUGUAUAUGUGUGUGGUAGCUAUAGUAUACAGUUUCACAGAGAGAAACAAAUAUAUUAAUAAUAAUAUUAAUAAUUGAAAAUUAUAAGUGUGCGCCAUGAAAAUUAGUCGCGACAUUUAAAUGAAUGUUUAAUGAGUAAAUGAAUGUUGCUACAAACAGAAAACAAACAAACAAACAAACAGAAACAAAAAUAAU